UAAUAUUCCAAGUUUUAUCGGGGCAACAUCAUACUUGCAAUAUUCAAAGUCUAAUAUUGCGGAUCAGUUAGCUAAAGUGAUUCUCAUAGCUGCAAACAACUCUAAGUUCUAAGCGACCUUCCUUAGAGUAGCUAUAAGUAUUUGACUUCGUUUAUUUCUGUGGAUGUUCUCUGUGGUGCUCUCUAACACGAUGAAGUACAUUGACCCCCAAUCCAACAACAUGGUUAAUAUACCACCCAAGCCAGUCAGUUUGGAAGAAAAUGCGAAGCGAGAGGACGUCAAGAGUGCGAUCAGAGCCUGCAUCCUCACCCGCAAGAAUGGCAUGCCUAUCAGCGAAAUCAGGGACGAGUACAGAAAGAUCAUUGGUGAGGAAAUACCUUAUUUGAGAAUUGGCUAUAACAGCAUAUUUCACCUGAUGCGGGACAUACCAGAGGUCAAAUCCAUUAAAAAUGACACUGGCGCGCACGUACUCAUCGUUGAGCCCAACAAAAAGACGGAACACUUACACCGACUAAUCGCGAAGCAGAAGGACCCGAGAACCUACACGACGAUCAACAACAAAGCCAUGCAGAGAAAAGAAAGAUCUUACCGGGAAAAAGUCAGCCGCCAGGUAGUGCAUGACAAAAGAAGGGUUGUAUUUUCGUCAUUCGGCAGUAGUACCACGGAGAAGACUAGACAGCCUCCACUUGAUGAAAUGCCGCGACCCUCAAUCAUCACUACGCCCAAUGUCGAUCACCCUAUAUGCACGGAGCCGAUCGUUGGGACAUCGCAGUUGAUGGGUGAUGAUUACUUCCUUCAACUUUGCAUAAAGUACCUACCGGUGAAGUUGGAGCGAAUAAAUCAAAAAUCAGCCCUUACAGUCGGUACUGUCCAAUCAGGAAUGACAAUCAAAAAAGCAGCGGAUAGGUUGGACAACAUUAAGAUCAUCACGAAUAAGCUUGUCAUUAACCUUGGAACUGUAGACAUCUACAACAGAAGAACGUGCAACCAAAUGAUUAAGGAGUAUAAAAAUUUGCUGGAAAAACUAAGAAGGAAUUAUGGCCUGUCACCUGCUAAAAUUAUCCUUUGCACAAUCCCUCCACUCGGUAACAUCAGCUUUUAUGGGCAAAUCGAACAGUACAUGGCUCUCAUGUCCUUCAAUAAUUGGCUGCGAGACUUUUCCACGCAGGGAAAUUAUCGGCUGUUGGACUUGUUUGAGAGUUUCACCACCGAAAAAAUGACGCUCAACUACGAUCUUUUCCAACAGGACGCCCGAAUGGUGUCAGGAACUCCCCAUCCACAUCUUUUAUGGAACUUUUUUGGGAGACAAAAAGCUAUGAAACUCCUGUUGAAUGUGUAACGAUGCAUAUUCAAAUUCAAUACUAUUAAGUGCAACUACCUUAUGUGCAAAUAUGCAUAGCAUUAUGUUAUUAUUGUUAUUCCUAUUUUGUUAUUAUUAUUAUUUUUACUAUUAUUAUUAUUGUCAUUAGUAUUGUUACGUCAAUAUUACUAGCAUACGGUAUUAGAUAGAAUUAAACCUACAUUUGAAAAAACACAAAGUGUUUCGUAUGUCAUGUGUACGCAAAAUUUUUGGAAAAUCCCUUGAGUUUGUGUUAAUAUUGCAGUGUUUUAUAAAGUAACUUUCAAAUUA